CAGUGGCCAGCUCGUUGUGUCUCACUGCCAACAUCCUCAGAUCCAAUCAAAGAUCUCUCUUUUCAAUCGUGUUCCACCACCAUCCAUCAUCCAUCCUUGGUUUUAUACGCUCUGCAGCGAUUCAAACCGAAUUGAGAAGAGAUUUAUGAGCUAAAGGACGGAAUUUGAUGCAGAAAAAUCUCUUUUUUUAGGUAAUUUUCUUUGAUUUUGGUGUUUGAUUCAAAGAAUGGGGUGUUUUCCAUGCUUGGAAUCGAAAGAAGGGGAGGUGUUGAAUGGUAGGACGGUGAGAGAUGAGAAGAGAUCAGAGCGGCCCAUGGUUCCUCCCAAGAUUGACAGACUACCAGCCACUGCCAAUAGGGCCAAGUCUAGAACAAAUUCGGUUGGAUCGAAGACAGAAUUAUUGGUUCAGAAGGAUGGAGCUGGUGUUAAUAUAUCUUCUCAGACAUUCACUUUUCGGGAACUUGCUGCUGCUACUAGGAACUUUAGACCAGACUGCCUUCUAGGAGAAGGCGGAUUUGGACGAGUCUAUAAAGGCCGCCUAGAGAGCACUGGCAAGGUUGUGGCUGUAAAACAGCUCGAUAGAAAUGGUCUCCAGGGCAAUAGAGAAUUUUUGGUGGAGGUCCUCAUGCUCAGCUUAUUGCAUCACCCCAACCUUGUUAAUUUGAUUGGCUAUUGUGCAGAUGGAGAUCAACGCCUUCUGGUAUAUGAAUUUAUACCCCUCGGAUCAUUGGAAGAUCAUUUACAUGAUCUCCCACCCGACAAGGAAUCACUGGAUUGGAACACAAGGAUGAAGAUUGCAGCUGGAGCUGCUAGAGGGUUGGAAUAUCUCCAUGACAAAGCUAAUCCUCCAGUCAUUUACAGGGACUUCAAGUCAUCCAAUAUAUUACUGGAUGAGGGAUUUCACCCUAAACUCUCUGAUUUUGGUCUUGCAAAACUAGGCCCUGUUGGUGAUAAGUCUCAUGUCUCAACAAGAGUGAUGGGAACCUAUGGUUAUUGUGCACCAGAGUAUGCUAUGACUGGUCAGCUGACUGUGAAGUCCGAUGUAUAUAGUUUUGGAGUUGUAUUCUUGGAGCUCAUCACUGGGCGAAAGGCCAUUGAUAGUACCAAAGAACAUGGCGAGCAGAAUCUUGUAUCUUGGGCAAGGCCGAUGUUCAAUGACCGUAGAAAACUUCCUAAGUUGGCUGAUCCAAAGCUACGAGGGCGAUAUCCAAUGCGCGGUCUCUACCAAGCUCUAGCCAUUGCUUCCAUGUGCAUUCAAGAACAAGCUGCCUCUCGUCCUCUCAUUGCCGAUGUUGUGACUGCUCUGUCCUACUUGGCAUCCCAAAAUUAUGAUGCUACUGAGAAAGGCAGAAGCCGGAGUAGACAGGACGAGAAGGGUGCUAGAAUGUUGGCAAAUACAGAUGGUGCUGGUGGUUCGGGACGGAGAUUAGAGUUAGGUUCAGAGAAAGAGGAUUCUCCGAGGGAGAUCAUCGGCAUUAUGAACAAGGAUUUCAAUAGGGAGCGUGCUAUUGCUGAGGCAAAGCUAUGGGGUGAGAAUUGGCGGGAAAAAAGACGGCAAAACAAUUCGAACUUCCCCAAUGUAGAUGGAUAGUGUACCUGUUCAGUGAUCAACUUUUUUUUUUUUUUAAUAAAUUUGUAUUAAAAAUGAAGCUUUACAGAGAGGGAGAUCUUUAAAAUGGUAGUUGUUCUAAGUGUUUUCCCUUGACAUUGAGGAGGAGAAGGGAAACAGUUGAGUGUAUAUGCUUAGAAUAAGAUGAUGAAAUAUAAUGGUGAUGGUUGUUGACAA